AACCGACGCGUACAUAGCACCAAAUACUUCCCUUCAACCAUGACCUUUCCUUGCAGGAGCCCAGCAUGAAAGUCAACGUCAAGCACUGGAACGCAGUCGCACAAUGGCGUUGGGACACUGGGAAUCCCGAGGCUGACGACGAAGGGGACGUAUGUGGUAUAUGUCGAGUUCCUUAUGAAGGUUGCUGUCCGUCCUGCAAAGUGCCAGGGGAUGAUUGUCCAUUAAUUUGGGGUGAAUGCAGUCAUGUAUUUCACAUGCAUUGCCUAUUAAAGUGGAUUGGAACAGCAGCAUCGAAGCAGCAGUGUCCAAUGGAUCGUCGAACUUGGGUAACUGCAGAAAGAAAGGUCAACAAGGAUAAACCCGAAUCUACCGCUAUGACUACCGACAUCAGCAAUCCCAGUCAUCAGUAGUCAAGAUUGACAUUCCCCACGCCGUUUUAUCAGCCAGACGCUACAUUGCUGAUUAUCUUACAAUCCUACCAACCCUAUUGAUGUAUCGAUAUCCCCGUCGCCUUUCCUGUAUCACCCAUCUACUACAUUACACAUCUUCAUUAAAUUCAGGCUUACAUAUGAUCGCCAGUGUGAUUUAGCCUUUCCAAGUAUUUUCCAAACCUGCCAAUGACAGUCAUUAUUACCUGAA